UCUUCAAGAUGAUGUCCAAGUCCCCCCAAACAUCCCUGCAACUCCCUACCUUCGACAUCUCUCAACCUCUGCUCCCAUCCAUUCUCUCCUCUCUCUCCCAAGCAUGCAGGGAAUGGGGCUUCUUCCACAUCACCAACCAUGGCAUCUCCAGAGACCUCUAUAACGGAAUCCGCACUCUCUCCAACCAAGCCUUCGACCUCCCUUUAGAUACCAAACUUAGAAUAGGACCCUCAUCCAUCAUCAACACUUAUACUCCUCAUUUCAUAGCUUCCCCCUUCUUUGAAAGCCUCCGAAUUUCUGGUCCAAACUACUUCACCUCAGCGAAGGCGUCAGGUGAUGUCAUGUUUGAACCACCUAAUGUUGAAUUCAGUAACGUAUUGCAGGAAUAUGGGGACAGGAUGGUAGAUUUAUCGAAGAGAAUAAUUAUCGCUGUCUUAAAGUGUUUACGUGACGGCUUUGAGACGAAGUACUACGAAUCCGAGUUCAGUGCAUGUCAUGGAUAUUUAAGGAUAAACAACUACACUCCACCCGAUGAGAGCAGCUUGGAAGAGAUCGAAGGGCUUGGGAUGCACACAGACAUGAGUUGCAUAACAAUUUUAUAUCAGGACGAGAUUGGUGGACUUCAGGUAAGAUCAAAGGAAGGGGAAUGGAUGGACAUAAUGCCGAGGGAGGGGACGCUGGUGGUGAACAUUGGAGACCUUCUGCAAGCCUGGAGCAAUGGGCGUCUAAGAUCAUCUGAGCAUCGAGUCGUUCUGAAGCAGCCCGUCAACCGCUUUUCUCUGGCCUUCUUUUGGUGCUUCGAGGAUGAGAAGAUGGUAUCAGCUCCCGAAGAUGUGGUGGGGGAAGGGAAGCAGAGGAUCUACAAACCAUUCAUUUGCCGAGAUUAUAUUAAGUUUCGGGAGAACAGCGAGAAAGGGAGGUUUGAUAAGGUCCAGUACACAGUGGACAACUUUGCUGCGGCCAAAACCGCAGCAGAUUCUGAGAAGGCUACUUUCAUAUGA